CCCUCUCAAAUUCUAUAUUCAUUUAUUACCCUUUGAAGCAAAAUUCCAAAACCCAAUUUCUCUUUCAUUUAUCUCUAUCCUUUUCCCCCUUAUCUGCUCAUCAAAUUGGACAUUCAGUACUGCUCCUGUUCUUUCUUUAUUGUUAUUGGAUUGCCCAUACCCACAAUCCAAUCAUCUACACUACACUAUCUUGUAUAUUUUUUUUUUAGUAUAAAGGAAAUAUAGUAUAAUUUUAAUUAUUUAUCUAAAUGAAGGGAGAAUAUGUACUAGAAGAAGAGAGAAAAGAUCAUUCUAGUACUAGUAGUAACAAAAACACUAUGUUCGGUAAACUUCAUCAUCAUCCUCAUCCUCAUCCUCAUCCUCAUCAUCAACAACAACAACAAUCUCCUCAGAAUUUCCAGCAAAAUCUUUCACUUCAUCAUCAACAUCAACAGCAAGGUUUUCACCAUCCAGCGUUUCAACUGACUCGCGAAUGCCAGACCUCAGAGGAAGCAGACAGUACUGUACAUCGAAUGAGUCCUGCAGAAAGAAACGACCCUUUAAAUCCACAACCAGUUAAUGCCAUAGCUCCGCCACAACAGCAGCAGCCUUCCACUGCUGGUGGCAACGAUGGUGCUACUAUCGAGGUUGUUCGUCGUCCCCGUGGCCGUCCGCCUGGUUCGAAGAACAAACCUAAACCGCCUGUUAUCAUUACACGUGAUGCUGAACCUUCUAUGAGUCCUUAUAUACUCGAAAUUCCAUCUGGUGUUGAUAUUAUCAGCUCUGUUACCAAGUUUUGCAGAAAACGGAAUAUGGGACUCUGUGUUCUCAACGGUUCAGGUACUGUAACGAAUGUUACUCUCCGUCAACCGUCAACAACGCCGGCUUCGACCGUGACCUUUCAUGGCAGAUUUGAUAUCCUUUCCAUUUCAGCAACAGUUGUUCAACCUAAUGUGAAUGUUCCAUCAAAUAAUGGAAUAGCAAAUGGGUUCACAAUUUCAUUAGCAGGUCCACAAGGUCAAGUUGUAGGUGGGGGAGUAAUAGGACCACUUGUAACAGCAGGGACUGUGUACUUAAUAGCUGCUACUUUCAAUGGUCCAUCUUAUCAUAGGUUACCAGUUGAGGAGGAGAUAGGCAGGACUUCAGGUGGCGGAAAUGAGGGUUGUGGUUCGCCAUCGCAUCAGGAGGUUUCAGGUGGAGGAGAUAGUGGACAUCCACCGUCAACGACGGCGCCGGAGAAUUGUGGGAUGUCGAUGUAUAGUUGUCAUUUGCCUUCUGAUGUGAUAUGGGCACCUACUGCUAGACAACCACAACCACCACCUUACUAAAUUCUUGGAAGUGGUUCGGUCUUUCUUCGGAUCUUGACACAGCAGGAGCUUUGGUACAUCGGACUAAAUUCUUCAAGUGGUUUAGCCUUUCUUCGGGCCUGGAUGUAGCGACAGCUUUGGUGGGUCUGUUUUUUUCCUUUUUUUUUUUUUUUUUGAGCUUCUUGGAACUGUGUUCGCUUUUGCUGUCAUAUUUUCCUCACUAAUCUGGUUUUAUUUUUGGUUAAGGAUUCUGAUUGUUUUUUGUUUAGUUUAUUUAGUUGACUUUAGCUUUUUUUAGUACCUUUUAUGUUAAUUAAAAAAUGUACUACUGGAUUAGCCUCCUUUUUUGUUGUUUAUUUAGUAGGGAGGGAAGAGAAUGUUUUGGUACUAAUUGUAGUAAUUAACAUUUUGCACUGAUUUUUCAUGUUUUCAUUGAUGAUUACUCUCGUCUUC